UUUGUUUGUUAAAAAGCCCUUGCGUGCCGCUUAAUCAAGCAGGAGGGAAACAAACGAGGAGUUUGGAUGGCAGGCUGAGUGGACGUGAGCCUGGCUCCGCCGAUCCUCAUUCACUGCAUCAAGUGCGCUGUCCUGAGCCGCAGCCUAUGGCAAGGACGACAUGCAUCUCUCUAGUCACACCUAGCAUACUGGAUUUAAAGGUGUGAAUGUGAGGCUGAGAGCCACGCCCGUUGCACUAUGGAGCCAAACGUGCGACACGUGUAUUCCUCAUCUCCACCCGCCCUGGGCGGGGGGGUUGAGGAUGACGACGAAUUUGGAGAUUUCGGGGGUUUCUCCGGGGCCAACUUCACCGAGCUUGACAUUCCUAUUGGCUUCUGCGAUACCCGCCCGACGGAAGCUUGGCGUCUGGAUCACCUUGGCAACGGAAUAGCUGGGCUUGCAGGUGUGAGCUCAGGGUAUCCCUGCAAUGGGGAUGAUGUGGAGGUUACAAAAUCAUACAUUGGCAACAUCCAGGCCUCUGGUCUGGGUUUCCCCCAGCCCAGGAAAACCAUCCAUAUAGGGGACUGGAAACAGCAAAUGGAUCCGUGCCGCCUUCCCGAGGGCAGGAACUCUAGAGCAACAGAGGUGAACUUCAGUCAGGCUGAAUCCUGGACCUGCAACGGUGAUGUGGCACACCCUAAGGCCGUCACGAAAGGUCAUGUCCAUGCCCCCAAACGUGGAUGUACAAUCGCAGACCUCGGGGAAGGGCAAGGUCCAUCCCAUCCCGAGGAAGAGUUUGUAAAUCUUGCUUCUCCCUCUAACUGUGGUUUGUCCUGGGGGGGGCGACACAUUUUCGAUCCUGAAGAGAACUCAGAUUUGGACAAGAUGGAGAAGGAUUGGGCCAAAGGGAAAAACCUGGGAAUGAACGGGCUGAGGAGUGUCGGCCACAUGCCGAUGGCCACUGUGGCCCUGAGCAACGGGUACGGGGAGGGGUCCGAGCCAGAGGGCGAUGGACAUUACCCUGGAAUGACUCUCAGUCAGAACACUAUUAAGCUCUCCUGGGAGGUGCCAAGCACUGCCAAAGAGGAGGCUGAAGCAGAGGAUCGUGGGAAAAGGGAGAGGGUUGAGCUCACUGCUGGCAGGAGGAAAUGGGAAGUAAGCCAGGUGGGCAGCAGGGAGACCAGAGCCUGGGACAUGGAGUCCACUUGUGAGACCCGAGUCUCUGUCGGUGAGAACAUUGCGUCCUUCUGUCCCACUGAUAGGGUUGAGAACCUCAGCGACAUCAGCUCUGAUGACACACGGGACUUGAGGAUGGUGCAGGACAAGAACUCUGAAAACUCCAAGGGCACGUGCUUGAGCCAGGCAGAGUCCGUGAGCCAGGCGGCGGUGGUGGAUUUUUGCGCCAUGUUGUCAAGGGAAUCGUCAGAUGUGGGGCAGGUCGUAGGGGCAGUUUGUGGAGGGGAGGGAAUGACCGAGAGUUUGGCCGGCUUCCCUGGCAGCGACAGCUUUGCGGACUUCAGCUCUGCUCCCUUGGGGGCAGAACCAGGUCCGGAGUGGGAUGCCUUCGGAGAGCAAGGCGGGGUACAGGCUGCGGGUGACUCCUGGGUUGCAUUUGGAGUGGAGGAAAGUGCUGCUGCUUCCUCAAAGGACAGUAAAGCAAGUUGGUUGGAUGUUUUGAAUGCUGCCUCCACGUCGCCCUCUUCCGAGAGCCCGUGGAACUGCAGGAGGGGCAGCCUGUCGGCGUCUCUGAGCAGCUGCCUGGAGCGGCUCUUCCAGACCAGCUUCCCAAAGGUUCAGACGGCCGAGCCCCAGGACAUGGUGCCCCCUCUGGGGGCCUUGCUGCAGCAGCCUGGGGAGCAGCAGGGCACCGCCACCCCUCGGGCACCGUGGGACGUGUGGCAGCGGCUGCAGGACAUCCACGGUGCUCUGGGCCUGCGGCACCAGUGGGGCGGUUCCCGUGGCAACAGAGUACUGCUGACGUCCCUGGGCAUAGACACCAGGAACGCUGCCACGUCAGAGUCCUCCAGAGAAGCUGUCAAAUCAAUCUCUGCGACGGAGAAGAUCCCUUGUACAGCACAGACACCUUCUGUGUCCCCAGAAAAAAGCACUUCCUCAACAGAUUCAACCCAGGCCAAGAAGUAGUUAAAGACUAUAAGUUUUUGAUGGAUCAGAGUUGAUGGGAAGGAAUGUUUUGGACAUAUGAGUUGCUGUUUGACCCUCCCCACACUAGGUGGCACUCUCACAAUUCAUGUUCGACUGGAGCAGUAGUGGCCUUAUAAAUCCUCUGGGCGGUACGGCCCUCCGUCGUGCAGCCUGCGAUCUCCAGUUCAUGCAGAGCCCCCACUCCUGAGUUAUUUAUUUUAUUAUUUUGACUUAUCUCUUGCCAUCUCCAAAUGUGACAGCCCAGGUUCCCCCUCAUGCUGGUGAGGCUUCUGUCGCCCCCCCCCCCCUUUAGUUUUCUGCCUCUGAUUGGCCGUGUAUCCCACCGGACGUUACUCUGUGAUGAACUCAAGUCCAAAAAAAACAAAUAACUUCUACUCGGUUAUGAGCAUCUCGGUUACCUUCUUCACUGACUGUUUUACACGGGGGGGGGGGGACAUGUAUACCUGGGAAUUUACCCACCACCAGUUUUGCCAACAUUUCCCUCAUGUGUGUCUACAAAAUACAAUGACAUGGUUGUAGCAUUUUUCUCUUGAUCUGAGCAGAAGGUAGAGAUACGAGGCUCCCAUGUUUAAUGUGUCUGCCUUUUGAGCAAACGCCUUUUUAGGGAAGCGUGUUUCUUCCGAUACCCCCGGUAUGAGGGGAAGUCUGAGGUUGGGGUGUGGGGGGGUCAUGGGGGGGGGGCUCACCUGCUGUUGUUUUUUUUUCUGUUCAAGCUGCUGCCUGGUGCUCAGUAACAAUCUGUUUGCUCGCAGUCUGUCACUUCAUUCCUUCGCUAAAAUUGAAGGGAAACAAUAUUUAAAUGAGCUAAAUUCUCCCUCAGUCUCUAAAAUAACUCUGUGGAAGAGAAUAAAGGUGGUUAAUCUGCACCUCUGCUCUGUGUGUGUGUGUGUGUGUCUGUGUGCGUGUGUGUGUGUGUACUCCAUCUCUGGGUAUUCCGGUGUCCUCUUGCAGUCUAAAGACUUGUGGUUAGGCUGAUUGGCGUCUCUGAAUUACCCAUAGUGCUUCUGUGCAUGCAUGUGACCUGUGAUGGAUUGGUAUCCCAUCCAGGGUUGGUAUCCCCCAGCCUAGUGCCCUGUGCUGUCUGGGACAGGCUCCAGGUCCCCUGUGACCCUGGAAUGAGGGGUUAGAAGAUGGAUGGGUAAUUAAAGGAUUAUUUCCCUUUAAUGAUUUCAGUCUCAUAAUGAAAAUGCUUUUCUUUGAAUUGCAAUAAACUCCUCUUAAAAACUGCA